AUGUCAUCAUCAACAAUUAAUAUAACAAGUGAUGAAAUUAAUUUCUUAAUUUAUAAAUAUUUAUUAGAGAGUGGAUUUCAACAUGCAGCAUUUAGUUUUUAUAAUGAAAGUUUAGUAUCUAAGUCCGAUAUAAAUGCAUCGAAUGUACCACAUGGUAGUUUAGUUUCAGUACUUCAAAAAGGUCUUCAAUAUAUGGAGGUUGAAGCGCACCUUCAAGAAGAUGGUACUGAAAUCAAUUGUACAGAACCAUUUUCAUUAGUUUCAAAUCAUGUUUGUCAAGUAAAGAAAAAGAAUGAAAAAAAUACAACCAUUAAAGAGAAAGAUGAUUCAAUAUCAUCAUCCUCAUCCUCAUCCUCAUCAUCAUCAUCCUCUAAUAAUAAAAACAAUUCAUUAAAUAGUGGUACCAACAAUAACAAUAGUAAUAAUAUCAAUACCAACAGUAAUUCUUCAAAUAAAGAUAAAAAAGAUAAAAAAGAAAGUAAUACAAAUACAACAACUACAUCAUCAUCAUCAUGGUCAUCAAUAACUCAUCGAAUUAAUGUUGUUGGUGUUGGUAGUGGUAGUGGUGGUGGUGGUGGUAGUAGUAGUAGUAGUGAUAAACAUGAUAAAGAAAAAGAUAAAUAUGAUAGAGAUGUUAAAAUGAAAGAAGAAGAUUCAAUCGAGAUACCGGAUUCUCAAGUUACAACACUUUUAGGACAUAGUAAUGAAGUAUUUAUUUGUGCAUGGAACCCUUCACAAUCAUUAUUAGCAUCUGGUAGUGGUGAUAGUACUGCUAGAAUUUGGAAAAUUCCGCCAGGGCCUUGUGAAAAUUCAAAAGAACAAGUUUCUUCACUUGUAUUAAAUCAUCGUAAUCCAAAUUAUAAUGAAAAAACAAUAGAUGUUACAACUUUAGAAUGGAGUUCAGAUGGAUCAUUAUUAGCAACAGGAUCAUAUGAUGGUUUAGGUAGAAUUUGGAAUAAGAAUGGUAAUUUAAUAUAUAUUUUAGAACAACAUCAAGCUCCAAUAUUUUCAUUGAAAUGGAAUAAAAAAGGUAAUUAUUUAUUAAGUGGUAGUGUUGAUAAAACUUCGAUUGUAUGGGAUGUAAAGACAGGAGGGGUGAAACAACAAUUUGAAUUUCAUACGGCACCAACGUUGGAUAUAGAUUGGAGAAAUAAUACACAAUUUGCGACAUGUUCAACCGAUAAGAUGAUCUACGUUUGUGAAAUUGGUAAAGAGAAACCUAUAAUGAAUUUCCAAGGUCACCACGACGAAAUCAAUGCAAUUAAAUGGGACCCUACUGGCACCCUGCUAGCGUCGUGCUCCGAUGAUUAUACUGCCAAAAUUUGGUCAAUGAAAACUGGUGGUUGUCUAUUCGAUUUCAAGGAUCACACAAAAGAGAUCUACACUAUAAAAUGGUCUCCUACGGGGCCCGAUUCAAACAAUCCCAAUAAAAAUCUGGUGUUGGCCAGUGCUUCCUUCGAUAAUACCAUCAAAUUGUGGGAUGUCGACGUUGGUAAAUGUAUAUAUAGUCUAAAGAAACAUAUGGAUCCAGUUUACACUGUUUCCUUCUCUCCAAAUGGUGAAUAUCUUGCAAGUGGUUCCUUUGAUAAGUAUCUUCAUAUUUGGUCUGUUAAAGAUGGUUCCCUUGUUAAAAGUUAUAAAGGUAGUGGUGGUAUUUUUGAAGUUUGUUGGAAUAGUUCUGGUGAUAAAAUUAGUGCUUGCUAUUCUAAUAGUACUGUUUGUGUAUUAGAUUUUAGAUCCUAA